GAUAUAUCUUUGUUUGGAACAGUUUCUCUGGAAAACUUAUCCUGAUUUCAGAAUAUGGCAGAAGUAGAAAGUGGCUACAGAAGAAAGUCUGAAGAAGAUGAAAUUAUUGAUCAAGUGGAGACAGGAGGAACGGAGUUACAUGAUGAAAAGGAGAGUGAGGAAGUGGAAAUGGAUAAAGAAUUGUCAAAGCUUGAAGAGGAGCUUCAAGCGAGUGGGAAGAAACCCUUCUUAGCAGCAAGAAUUAUUCCAAAACCCAAAAUUUUCAUUUGGUUCUUGGCUUCCUUUGCAAGUAUUGGUGGUCUUUUAUUUGGUUUGGACCAGAGCCUUAUUAGCGGAGCAGAACUCUACAUUCCUUCUGAUCUCAACAUCGAUAGUUCUCGAAUGUCCAUGAUUACUGGUUUUAUGGCUCUUGGAGCUAUUUUUGGUGCUUUAUGUGUUUAUCCAGUGAAUGAGUUGUUAGGUAGAAAAUGGACUAUUAUUGUUGCCUGUUUGUUGUAUACAGCAGGAGGUAUUUUAGAAGCCGCCGCAGGUUCUUUUGGUGUCUUGUUAUCAGGAAGAAUGAUUCUUGGCGCUGGUGUUGGUCUUGAGACUGGAACAGUGCCUCCUUAUAUUUCUGAAAAUUGUGCAAAGAGAUGGCGUGGCGGUCUGGUAUCACUUUAUCAAGUCAAUAUUGAUUUAGGGCUGUUAUUUGGAUAUAUUGCUGCAGCUAUCUUUGUAGAUGUUUCAGGAAAUUGGCGUUGGAUGUUGGGUUCUUCGUUGUUGUUUUCUACCAUUUUACUUGUUGCCAUGUUGUUCCUUCCUGAAAGUACUCGAUGGCUAAUGAGAAAAGGAAGAAAGGUGGAUUCCUAUCUUGUAUGGAAACAUGUACGUGGGGUAGAAACUUUUGAAGAAAAGCAAGAAUUUUUCCGAAUGGAAACUCUUGUAUUAGAAGAAUUGGAAGCAUCCAAGACGAGGUGGAUAUUAUUAGAUUUUAUUAGAAGACCAAGAUGUAGAAGGGCAGUUGUUUAUGCUAUUUUAUUGCAAUUGGUUGUUCAACAAUUCUCAGGAAUCAAUUCAGUUCUUUAUUAUAUGGGACCAUUGAUGGAACGUACAGGACUUUCAGCUCAAGAUGCUGUUUAUACCAGUCUUAUUGGAGGAGGGACGAUGUUUUUGUCCACUAUUCCAGCCAUAUACUUUAUGGAUCGGUUAGGAAGGCGUCCAGUUUUAUUAACACUUAUUCCUGGAGUUUCUGUCGGUCUCUUUAUUGUUGGUUUUUCUUUUAAAGCAACCAAUGUGAAGGUUGAGGAAGGGGUAUACAUUUUAGGAGUAGUUAUUUAUGAGUUUUUCUGGGGUUCUUGUUUAGGACCCACUCCUUGGGUGGUUGCAUCAGAAAUAUAUCCAACUUAUUUGAGAAGUACUGGUGUUAGUAUCAAUGCAUUGUGCAAUUGGUUAGGCACCUUUACCACGACUUAUGCAUUCAACGAUAUGCUGGAUGCUCUGACACCGACGGGUACAUUUGUUGGUCUAUACAAUGGAGUAGUUAUUUUUGGUGGAAUUUAUCUCCUUUUCUUUAUGCCAGAAACGAAAAACUUAACCUUGGAGGAAAUGGAUGAGUUGUUUGAACGUCCAACCAAAGAUAUUGUGCACGAGAAUUGGGAAAAUACUAAACAAGUGUGGCGUGAUUUGGCACAUUUUCGCUUUCGCGAAGUUUGGAAAUUGUCUUGAAAAAUUUGUCAUUUGCAUCAUUGACUUUUGAUAUAAACAUGAAUUGAUGUUUUCCUUGACAUUCCAUCUCAUCAAUACAUGAGUAGUCGAUCUGUAUACUUGAAAUACAUUUGUAAACACAUUUUAACUUGGAACUGUAUACACAGUGAACUUAAUAGA